UUCAAGGGUCAGCAAAAAUGGUCUGGAGAUCUGAUUUUACUUUAUCAAGCAUGAACACCACAUGCCAAGAAUACAUUACCAAGAACCAUUUUAUACAUGAACCUUUGUCAUCGAUGGAAACAUAUUUUCCCCUGGCUUAUAUCAUCAUUGGACACAAAGAAUUUGAAAUGUUUGCAAGACUUUUUAGGGCUGUCUAUGCCCCACAGAAUAUGUACUGUAUUCAUAUUGAUGAAAAGGCUAAAAGGGAAUUAAAGGUAUCUGUUGAGAAACUGGUAAACUGUUUCCCCAAUGCCUUCCUUUCCUCCAAAGCAGAACCAGUGAUUUAUGCUGGAUCCAGGCUUCAUGCAGAAAUGCAUUGUAUGAGGGAUUUGAUUUCAUCUAAUAUGAAGUGGAAAUAUGUCAUCAAUGUUUGUGGGCAGGAUUUUCCCUUGAAGACCAACCGUGAGAUUAUACAACACCUGAAAAGAUUUAAGGGGAAAAACAUUACUCCAGGCAUACUGCCUCCAGAUCAUGCUAAGAAAAGGACACAAUUUGUCUAUAAAGAACAUAUGGAUAACAGACAAUCCUAUGUCUUUAACACUACCAAAUUAAAAUCACACCCUCCUCAUAACAUCACCAUCUACUUUGGCUCUGCCUACUAUGCACUAACCUACGAAUUUGUUAGGUUUGUUUUAGAAGACAAACAGGCAAAAGACCUGCUGGAGUGGUCAAAAGAUACCUUCAGUCCUGAUGAGCAUUAUUGGGUGACCAUAAAUCGCAUGCCUGAAGCACCAAAUUCUAUGCCAACAGCAAAGUGGGAAGGAGAUAUAAAAACCAUUAAAUGGAGAGAUCAGAAUCACUGAGGGUGCCAUGGGCACUACGUGAGAGACAUCUGUAUCUAUGUCCGGGACUUGAAGUGGCUGAUUGAAAGAAAUAGCAUGUUUGCCAACAAGUUUGAAUAUGAAAGCUAUCCACCAACUGUAGAAUGUCUGGAGCAAAGACUGAGAGAGAAAGCAUUAAAUCAAAGUGAAACCACUAUAGAGCCAAGCUGGUACUUCUAA